AUGAUCCAUCAAGCUUCAGCCGAAGUCGGCGGCCGCUUGGCGAAGCAGUGUCUUUGCAGCCUCAUCCCCACGAUUGAGUCACCGAACGAACCGUCGCAUGGACCUGGAGCUCACCCAAGGAGCUCUUGUGCAGAAGCAUUCUCACGGGAGGUCUUGAGGGAGUACUUCGACGUUCUCCGCGUCUACGUGAAGUCGGAGAUGGAUAUUCCGCCACUGGAAGCAGCGGGAAAAACUCGGACGUCCCGCACGCGAGAGUACUUCAAGCAAAAGAAGGAAGCCGCGAAGCUCACAAACGCAGGAGUUUCAAAGAGAAACUCAAAACACAAGUUUUCGUCAUUUAGGAGAACCAGGCCCACGAGCUCGGCAACGCUACCAGCAGUCUCUGUUCUACAGUGUCCACCAAUGGAACUGAUGUGGUGCCUUCGAACGUCCAGCGUCAUGUUCACCUACUGGCACAAUCCUAAUAAGGCCUACCCGGAUGUGCCCGCAGAGGCAACUUCAUUGCAAAAAGCCGAAAUUUUGUGCAGACAGCUGGCUAACUGGAAUGGGAGUUACUGCCUAACUGAGGCACUAGAGACUAGCUCUUGCGAACAAGCUUAUGAAAAAGUGAAAGAGGCAGCACUACGUUUGGAAAGAAGUUUGAAAACAGCUGAGGAGUGUCGAAUAGCAACUAGGGCACGGUCUACUCACAAUUUCAACCAGAAGCAUGCCGUCGGGGAUAAGCAACCUGGACCGUUUGUCGGGAAGGGUACGGAAGAAAUUGCGAAAAUAGGCACAGAUAAGCCACGCAAACUUCCAUUGAGCAACAAACCAGAAACUACCCCGCCGUACCAGCAGAGAAGAAGAGACCAUGGCCCACCAAGGUGCUAUAAGUGUGGCAAAAGGGGACACAUGGCUAAGGACUGCAGCGUUUCAUCAUCCAGGCAACAACAUAGCUCUGUUCUAAGAGAGGAUCCUAACCAAACGUCUAGUGUGGCAUAUGCCUCUUUGAUAGAUAAAUGGAUGUGUACAAUAUGGGAAGAGUCGGCAUCGAGUGUGAGCGAAUGGUUUGGCCAAAAACCGCUGAGUGAAACCACGAAGAUCCUCCUGAUGUUACCCGACAGCUUCCGUCUCGUCAACAGCGUCUUCAGAGAUCACCCGGACGUGGAACGUCGUCUCUAUAGGAACCUCAGUGAGAUCGGCGGAUCGUUGGAAAGUUCGACUGCACGACUUUGUGUAUUGGUUGGCCCGACGACGGAGUCACCAAUUCCCAAGCGCGAUUGGUGCAAGCUUGCUUCCUCUCUGGCCACGGCAGCCCGGAUGGGAAUGAAGGUUGUAGCAGUCGCCCCACCUCGUGGAGACAAGGCGUACGCUCAGAAUCGAGCGGAUAUGAAUGAUGCCAUCAAGCUAGCGAAGUCGGCGGCCGCCUUGGCGAAGCAGUGUCUUUGCAGCCUCAUCCCCACGAUCGAGUCACCGAACGAACCGUCGCAUGGACCUGGAGCUCACCCAAGAAGCUCUUGUGCAGAAGCAUUUUCACGGGAGGUCUUGAGGGAGUACUUCGACGUUCUCCGCGUCUACGUGAAGUCGGAGAUGGAUAUUCCGCCACUGGAAGCAGCGGGAAAAACUCGGACGUCCCGCACGCGAGAGUACUUCAAGCAAAAGAAGGAAGCCGCGAAGCUCACAAACGCAGGAGUUUCAAAGAGAAACUCAAAACACAAGUUUUCGUCAUUUAGGAGAGAACCAGUCCACGAGCUCGACAACGCUACCAGCAGUCUCUGUUCUACAGUGUCCACCAUGGAACAUGAUGGUGCCUUCAACUUCAGCGUCAUCUUCACACCAUGGCAACAGAUCGCACGAAUCGCUCGAAAACAAGCUACCUAA